CAGUCAGCAUCGCCAGUAACUUCAUAAUCAACAACUGCACAACCCUUUAAGGUCCUUCUGAACACAUUUCGAAUCGUAUUGGAGACGUAUUCGUCGUAAAAAUGACCUCCGUGGACAGUGACAGUAAUAUCCCGGUGGAUCCCAGGGUGCAGAUCGAACUGGAAAAGCUGAACGAAGCGACGGACAACAUCAACAAAUUUGAAGUUGACCUCGAUGAGGCGAAGAACGAAUUCCGAGAGCUGCUUCGAGAAAGUGCUGAGAAGAUCAAAGCGGUCGCCAAAAAGGUGGGCAAUUCAAUUGACGCUGCCAAACCUUACUACGAAGCACGACUCUACGCAUCACAGUUGGCGAAGGAGACGCAACAGUGCGCGGUGAACUUCGACAAAGCCAAAUCGGUACAUGCGGCUGCUAAAGAAAUGGUGUAUCUGGCCGAACAAGGGCUAGGUGAGAAGUCGACACUAGACACGGCCUGCCAAGAGAUGUUGACCCACGCGACGACUCGCGUUAAUGAGAGCCAGAAUGAAUGCACCGAGAUGCGAAACAUCCUUAAGAUUAGCGAACUGAAGCUGGAGGUGGCCAAUAACCGGGUCUGCAAGCUGCACUCACAGCUAAAGGGUGCAAUAAGAGCGUCAAGUUUCGAUAUCCGGCGCAAUCUUAUGUUGAUGAACAUUAUUGCCUAUCAGCACGAACUGCUCUUUCUGCCCUACUAUGAGCUGCGUGCCAACUACAAUGCACUAUUGCUCGAACAAAAGCACAAGGUAGUGGAACUGGAGACAAAGGUGGCAGAAUCAAAGCUGCGGUACAAUGAGGCCUUGUCCAACCUGGAGCGUAUAUCCGAAGAAAUCCACCGACAGCGCAAAGCGCGUGCCAACAGCAUGGACGAGGAUGGAGCCGGUUCAGGUUCGUCAUCAUCCUCUGCGGUGACUGGCCGUGGUGGGAAAAUGUUGGCCAUGCAUCUACCCUUCAGCCAGUCACCAUCAGUCGCACGCAUAGAAAGCAACGAUGAGUAUCUGGAGUUCCCAGCAAAACUGUCUAUUAAAGCGAGCCCGAUCAAACAGAAAUAUCUGGACAAACUCGACUGUCCGCAUCUGUUGAAGGACUUCGCACGCAAGACGAGCCCAAGUGCCGAGAGUGACUCCGACAACUAUCAAUUCUCGCCGAAUCCAACCAUCGACGACAUCACCAACAUGUCCUCGGAGGAUAUCGAGCAGUGGACGGAGAUCCGCCUGUCAAACUCCAACAGCAGCAGUUCCGGGUACUCGCAGCACAACUCGUUGGUGCUGGAAGACGCACCAACGCCGCAGGAUGAGACAACUGACUCGUCAUCUGACAACAGUCCAAAGGCGAAGACGCGCAUCAUCAAGAUGGAGACGUACCAAUCGGAAGGUGGAACACGUCGAACUGAUGGCAUUGCCGGAUGGAUCGCUAAAACUGGAGCCGGAUCCAGCGGGUCUGGAUCCACACAAACCGCAUCCGGACGGCGUCAGAGCCUGGAUAUCAUCAUCGACACCGGUGAUCGAGUGAAGGACGCAUUCACACAGGGCAUCCAACGCAUCGGCAAGACGCUUGAGCGACGAAACAGCGAAUCGGAGGUGGCCCGCGAGGAGUCUGUUGGGAGUGAUUUUUUUCUCUUCCAGCGCUCGGAUCCUGCAAAGGAUGGUCUGUCGGAUGAGCAGGUGGAGAACCUUCUUCUAGACCAAGACUGCUCCGACAUCUUUCAGAACGUGGUGAACAUAUCAAAAUGAGGCCGGCUGAUACCUGCCCGUGCGGCGGUAUCAACGGCAAAUGCAGGGUCGCGUGUGUCGGCGGUUGCAAGCCAGCUAGAGUGAGAAGAUCUAUAGAUAUCAUAUCGAAUAUUGACCGGAACCAUGUGCGCAACUAUCGUUCGCUGCAGUAAUCUCGGCGAAAGCAGAUAGUUGAGCGUGGCAGAAGCUUAGACACAGGCUACCUUGCGAUGGCAAAUGAUGCUCUAUUUUGGGUCUCGCCGCGGUGACGAGACCGCUUUGCAGAGCUGGAAUGGCGGAAGCUUACACGCCAUCUAACAUCCUAAGCAUCUAACAUCCUGUGCUGCGCAGGGAGCCUGUUAGAACAGAUCAAAUUAGGAAAUCCAUAAAGCAAUUGUUCAACAAGUCAGCUAGCAUACUAACGUGCGCAAGCAAAUCGUAUUGUGUUAAACGAUGUUGUUGAUAUAUCAUAGAUUCUAACGCCCAGCAAUAAUAAACAUAGAACGUGGCUCAACACG